GAAACCACCAUCACGCCUGAAUAACAAACAAAUACACAUUUUAAACCAAAAUGAUAUGACCAAAACAUCAUUUCCCCUAACAACAUGUAAAGGUGGUAUCCAUUCAAUGGUAAAAAGAAUUCUUUGGCCAGUCAUGAACAGGGAAAAUAUAUUUUAGGGUUUGACAAUACACUUGAUGGCACAUGUGUGUCUUUUUCGCAUACCAAGCUGCUGCGCUCCUCAUCCAUAAUGUCUCCGAGUGAUCCAGGAAGGCCGCCUUGCUGCUGUUCUCAGUGCGACUGUGCAACUUCAGGGACUCUCUGGGAAAGUACAAACUCAGAGGACUCGACUCCUGCGGACGACAUGAGAAGAAUCACUAAAUAAUUCUAACGCAUGAUGCAAUGAAGGUAAACACAACGUAUACAACUUCCCCAUAUAUUCAUCAAAACAGUCAUUCUUUGGUGGGUAUUAAUAUUCACAUGUUUUAAUUUAAAGACAAUACCCAAGAUGAGAAUCUGUGUGAUGUCUAGAUACCACCAGUAAGCAUUUUACGCUAACAGAUAUAAAGCAAGGGAACUAUGUAUGUGAGUCUACCAGACCUGUUCCAGUCGCUCCUCCGGGGUGCUCCCCGAUAGCAGCUCGUUGUUGGACUCACACAAAGUCGCGUGUCCGGAGGGAAGCGGAGGGGGGAACAAGGCCAGAGAGCACAUCUUUGGACCCAGAACUCUACAAUAAGAGGUUCCCUAUUUGACUUGAAUCCCGCCGUGGAUACUACGGGUCCUCAAGAGGUACCAAACUGUGCAGCACGAUUCGUUCAUCCACAAUCCGGCUUCCCAGAUGCAUGCCAGGAUGAAAGGUGCCAUGCUCAAAGACACAUCAUCAGCCUGAUGCCAGCAGAUACACACGCUUAAAACAUCACCCAUUGACUGUGCACAAAACCGUCCAUAAUGAUAGAUGCCACGAUAGAGACAGGCGAUCCAGCGCCCCCUCGCGGACCAUCCUGCCAUCUCCGUGACGUCAAUUCAGCACUGGGAAUGAGACAGCUCCGUACCCCCCGAAACCCAGCGCGCCUCACGUUGCAUGGGUCCCCAGUUAUUGAUACACAUUUGCCCGCUGGGAUCCAUCCCAGCCACGUAAAACUCCUGGAUAACGGGACAGGAAAAAGGAGAGACGGACAGAAAAACACACCGUUUGUUGUUCAUCGUGAGGAAAACAGCAAGCCGAGCCCAUCCUUUCACUUGACAACGCGACAACAAGCAGGCAGAAAGGUUGUAUUCCCAGCUUUUCAUCCACCAUCCACCCUAACCUGCUGGGUUGGGGAAACCCCUGAUGAGUGGGACCUGUAUUCAUGAGCCCCGUGCCCCUUCCCCCUCCCUGUCAGGCUUCAGCACCCCUGUAUCAGAACCCCCCUAUCGGAGACUCGAUGGCGACACCCCUGCCUGCACCCCGGAAACGGACCUGACCCCCACACAGUGCGUCCUCCGAAACGUGCUGUCCAUUGACACUGGUGGCUCGGGGGCACCAGGUGGCAGCAGUCCCACUCCCAGUGAUGGACCUUCAGGCCACUUUGACAACAGUGUGCUAAAACUACAUGAUCAUGACACCUGCCAGUGUGGCGGAGGAGCCGAGGCAGGCCACAGCCCGGAAGCUGGUGCUGUCCGGAGUCAUUCGGAGAACAUUCGGCUACAAUCGGGUACUGGAGGGUUUUUGGAAGGACUCUUUGGAUGCCUAAAACCUGUCUGGACCAUGAUCGGAAAGGCUUACUCAACCGAACACAAGCAUAGCCAUGAAGAGUGUUGGGAGGUUCCGUUUGAGGAGAUCUCAGACCUGCAAUGGGUUGGCAGCGGGGCACAGGGGGCCGUCUUCCUCGGCAAGUUCCAUGGAGAAGACGUGGCUGUAAAGAAAGUGCGAGACAUCAAGGAGACCGAAAUCAAACACCUUCGCAAACUCAAGCACCCCAACAUCAUUACUUUCAAGGGUGUGUGCACCCAGGCUCCUUGUUACUGCAUCUUGAUGGAAUACUGUGCCCAAGGCCAACUGUAUGAGGUGCUGAGGGCAGGCCGUAAAAUCACACCCUCCCUCCUGGUUGACUGGUCCAUGGGCAUUGCAGGAGGCAUGAACUAUCUACACCUUCAUAAGAUCAUACACCGAGACCUCAAGUCCCCCAACAUGUUGAUCACACACGAUGACCUGGUGAAGAUCUCAGACUUUGGAACCUCAAAGGAGCUCAGUGACAAAAGCACUAAGAUGUCCUUUGCAGGCACCGUAGCUUGGAUGGCACCUGAAGUUAUUCGGAAUGAGCCGGUGUCGGAAAAAGUGGACAUCUGGUCAUUUGGCGUGGUGCUAUGGGAGAUGCUAACUGGUGAGAUACCUUAUAAAGAUGUGGAUUCAUCCGCCAUCAUCUGGGGUGUGGGAAACAACAGCCUCCAGCUGCCCAUACCCGAGAGCUGCCCUGAUGGCUUCAAGAUCUUACUCAGACAAUGCUGGAACUGUAAACCCAGGAAUAGGCCUUCUUUCCGUCAAAUCCUUCUCCAUCUGGACAUAGCAUCAGCUGACGUUCUUUCCACUCCUCAGGAGACGUACUUCAAGUCCCAGGCCGAAUGGCGAGAGGAGGUGAAACAGCACUUUGAGAAGAUUAAAUCUGAGGGCACUUGUCUGCACCGACUCGAUGAGGAGCUGAUCAACCGACGCAGAGAAGAGCUCAGACAUGCUUUAGACAUUCGUGAGCACUACGAGAGGAAACUGGAGAGGGCGAAUAACCUCUACAUGGAGCUCAGUGCUGUCAUGCUGCAGCUGGAGCUCAAAGAAAAGGAGCUGCAAAGGAGGGAGCAGUCUUUGGAUAAGAAGUAUCCGGGUUUUUUAAAGCACCACAGCUCCAGACAGAGCAGCUCUUCCAACAGCAUGGACAAGCUCAUCAAGAAGAGAAAUGUCCCACAGAAGCUUCCUCCGGGAAAGAGGCCAGACAUCCUUAAGUCUGAGGUAAUCAUUCCCAAAAUGGAUUCCUCCGUAAUGCAAGUCACUAUCCCAACCUGCCCCACUCGAAACUCCACUUCUCCCAGCCGGUCCCGCAGGGUAAAGACCCGUCAUCGCAAGCCUGGAAAAGGCAGCAGUGGGGAUCUGGCGGUACUUAAAGCUAAUCAGUCGUCUCCCAAUAGAGAGACUGUGGCCCAGGUGAACAACUCGGCCACUAACUCCUCCAAGCAGCUGCUGGAGCCCUCUGCGGCCCUUAGGGGCUUCAGCCACGAGCAGCAGCAAAGGCAGUUAUCUUCCUCCAGCCCCGACCUCAUCUGCACCGCACUAGAGGCGGGCGGCCAGAGAAAAGAGGAUCCACCUCUGGGUGGCCUAGAGAGAGGCGGGAGCCUCAGUGCCUCUGCGGGAUUAGGGACAUCAGAGGCAGGAGUCGCCGGUUUGGAUGAUCUCACAGAAACCCCCCCACGCAGCGACACACCUAGCGAGGAUGCAGCAUCGUUUCCGUUCUCAAGCAGCCCGGACUCACCUUGUGGGAGGGGGGCGGGAGCAGGGCGCGGGUCUCUGGGAUCACCGCGCCUGCCCCAUGACGCUGGGGAGGAUAAAGAAGACGGAGCUGGUGCCGUGAGGUUGCCCCGAGGGGCUUCGGGGGGAAUUGGAAGUCAGCACCUCACACCUUCAGCCAUUCUAUACAGGGCAGCUAUUACACGUAAACAGAGGCGUGGGGUGUCAUCAGAAGAGGAGGAGGGUGAAGUUGACAGUGAGGUUGAGUUACCACGGAGACGACGCCCGACAAGUAUCACCAAAUGUCAGUCGGUGUCGACCUUCAGCUCAGAGAACUUGUCAGUGUCGGACGGCGAGGAGGGCCACACUACAGACCACUCCCACAGCGGCACCCCCGAUGUGGUCAGCACCAACACGGAUGACAGGUUGGACUACCGCAGCGAUGACCUCCUCUCUCAGGGCUCGGAGAUCCCGGCAGACAACACGGACCCUGCGCAGGCUUCCGAUGGCCUGUCAGAGAGAGAGGGAACGUCGGGUCAGGCCAAAACUCAGCUGGAAGCAGAGCAGAAUCCAAAUGAGGGUCGCGUUCUGUGUGAUGAUUCGGAUUGCGACAGCGCUGAGCUGGACCAGUCGGGCAGUGGCGAGCCGAGCCGACCCCCCAGCGCUGGAGCAUGGGUACCGCCCCUUCAAGCUUAUCAGGUGUCACCACAGCCGCCUCACACGGGACCUCCAUAGAUAGACUCAAAUACCUCUAACCGCCAUCACAUUAGCGCACCAGUUGGUCAGUGCAGCAUGCCUUGAGGGAUCACACCGACAGUACGACACAACUCAGACCAAGUUAUGAGGGCUCCCAAGUGCAUUGGCUGGCUUAACUCUCAUCACACGGCAUUUUGUCAUCUGAGAUAAUCAGAUAAAUAUCAUUUUACAUUCAGUACUGUUUGUAGGCCAAAUAGGUACUAAAGCAUCCUUAGCCACGUUGCCAGCCCAGACCACCACACACCUAAUCACACUAACCAUCACUCUGGGAGCAUCCCCAUACAAUAGAGGCUAAUGAAUAAUAAUGUAAAUAACCAUGCCAUACCACAUGGGGAAAUACAUUAUUUUAUUUGUAAGAUAAAAUCUAAGAAUAAAUGGUAUGCAGCCCUGUGGAGAAAAAAAUGCAUGACUAUAUGUUUAUAAUUUAAGAUUUGAAUGUGUCCGUUUUAUAUUUUGUGAAAGUUUACACUUUUUUAAAUCCAGAAAAUAUUUCUUCUGUUAUUUAUGUUAAUAAAUGUGAGCACGAAAAAAAAGCGUGUAAAAAAAAAAAAAAAAAAAAAAAUGAAUGGGAAUUUCACGAACACUCAUGGUGCGCGAUUUGGGUUUCUCAGUAGCCCCCCCCGCCCCUCAACCACUCCUGCUAAGUUUCCAGUACAUGAGACUUACGUGAGGUUUUUACAGAUUGUGAUGGAAAGGGAGACCUUUCAGUUCACUCAAAAAGCAAAUGUUAUUAUGUAGAAACUCCUACAAGUGUUGUGCUUAGUGAGUGUUAAGUAGUGCCUGCACUCACAGCAACAACCUCCUCCUAACAUGCACUGCAACGAACCGGGACAAUGUCUUACGCUUAAACUCUUUUCUCAGCAGCAACACUGGUGCAGGUGCUAAAAAAAAAAAAAAAAAAAAAAAAAAGUGAAUGUGCUUUUGUAAUGAACUUAAAGGACUCACUUAAUCAGUACGUCUGUCGCCUUCACAAAAAUCUCCACGUCCCUAUUGACCCUUUAAGAUUUCUGCAGGAGUAGUCUGGUAAACAAUAUAGAGCACUUCUCUGUGGUUACUAGUAGAAAAGUUAAGUAUCCUUUGAAUAGAAAUGUUUUGUUUUUAUACAGCAUUGCACAUUGUACCUGUAACAUAGGAAUUAUAUCAAAAGAAAAUUAUGAGCUACAAUAAAUAAUGUAUUGGUUAAAAAAAGUGUGUUCUUUGUUUAAAAAAAAAAAAAAGAAUAUAGUAUUAUACAUGGUGAGAAUUUAAGCAUGAAACAUGGUGUUUUAUGAAUAACAUCAUAAGGAAAACAAAAGGUCUGUUUAAACAUUUCACAUUUUUUUAUUUCUGUAUUUUUAUGUCUUCAACAAUUUCAUUGCACCCAAAUCUACUAUAGUUUAAAAACGUGCACAAAAAGUGAGUUUCUUCUUCCUGCAAAGAAUAAAAAAAUUAAAUCUGACCCAGGCAAAAACAGAUAGCAAGAAACUAGUGUUAAUUCUAGAAUUCUUGUCCUUCUAGUUUAUCAUAAUUUAAUACCUCAGCAUAAUAUACUUUUUAAAGACAAACACGUCUUGUCUUGCAGCAUUCCCCCAGCCUAGCAGAUAAAAAAAAAUAAUUUUCUAUAUUUAAAACAUUUCAAUGUUAUAAUCACCAUUACUAUGGUCUUUAGUCAUUUCAGUGAAAAAAAAAAUAUUUUCCUCUUACUCAAACCCACUGCUGGCAACUAUGCCCACAUUAGAAUGCAAUACAAAACAAUAGGCAAAACUUCUGAUCAAGAAAUUAAACUGUCGGAAAAACAGGAAUGACACAAUUACUCAAAAUUUGAUGACACAAAAUGUAGAUUCAAUUUGAUACAAUGGAAAAUUACCGUCUAGCGUAGAACUUCAACUGAGGCCACUUAGACCCUUUUUAAAACCUGUCAAAGCCACAAUGCAUCGCUCAGGAGGCACAGCUCCUAAUAUAAUCACUAAAUUCUCUUCUUACAAGGAGCUGUGUCUUAAAUAAAAAUAAAUAGAUAUUUAAAAAAAGGAAGGGAACAGUCCAUUUAUAAUUUUGAGUUAGUUUUUUUUCUUCAUUUUUACAUUUUCUAAGAAAAAUCUGACAUAAGAAAAACAUUAUUUAUGCUUUUUCAGAUUUUUCUAAAACAUUUUUUUACCUUUAUCAACAUCAUACAGAUAUACAGCAGAUGAACAAAAGUCUUUAAAAACCAUAAUGUGAUGGGAAUUUUAAAACUUAAUAAAUAUCAUUAUCAUCAUGAUGCUGUACAACCCAAAGCAGAGGAAAGUGAGUUCAUAGUAUUUUUGCAUGAAGUUCAAUAAGGGUCCUCUUGGUAAAAAAGUUUGGGAAGGGCAACUUUAGAUGCUGAUGAAGAUCCUCCAUGUCAGUUGGCUGCAAGUCCAGUGGCUUCAGAAGAGAGCCUGAGCACAGCAGGAUGCUUCAAUCAAUAUUUGUAAAAAAUUAUGUAGUGACACAUCAUGUUUGCAGAUUUAGCCAAAUACCAGACACACAAUACCAAUAUCAAUAAUAGCUGCAACUACAUCAGGUUUAAAAGUAAGAUAUGAUUACCGAGCAUUGAUAAGGUACUCAGCAAGGCUGAUGCUGGCAUGGGAGCCAGUAAUGGUGACCUGUCUGUCAGUGGAACCCUCCACAGGAUUCGCAAUCUUGAUCUGAGCGCCUGACAUCUGGCGGAUCUCGUUGAUUUUUGCCCCCUGACGGCCAAUGAUACAGCCGAUGAGCUGAAAGAAUACGAGAAAAGGUGAGACGAGAACGACGCUUUUUGAACAGACGUCUAAAAUGCCUUACAUCGUUUGGAAUGGUGAGCUCAUGAGAGCCAGUUUGUGCAGAGGCAUCCAUCCCAGCUGCAGGAAUGAAAAAAUAUUAACAAAAAAAAAAAACUCAGAUAUGCUAAAUGAAUGUCAAUACAUAAAGCAGUGACCCUACCCUGGAAGCCCUGGUUGCUGUGUGCAAUAGGGAAGGGGCUCUGCUGCAUGGCCAGCUGGUGAAGUUUGGUGAGCUGGGGAGACGAGACGGGGACGAACACACAGCAAACAUAAAAAACAUUUUAAAAAAUCACGACUGGUAACAAUCUGAGAACCUUCAAAGCCAAGAUGUUGUCCUUAGAAAGUAAUGACAAUGAGAGAAAGAUAUGAAAUGGAUACUUUAUCCUCAAGUUUUGACACAAUUUACGAAAUGGGUGUGCAAAGUGAGACAGAAGUGACUGGAAAACUAUGAUGAAGCAAGAGGGUGGCAUGGCAUCCCGGGACCGAACUUGCAAAUAUAUUAGAUCACUUACAGAGGGCCCUUCACUUACAUCAGGCUGAGGAAUGGCGUGCUGUCCUUGGACAGCGUAUGCCUGCAAGGAGAGAAUAGCACUUAGGAGGUUGUGACAGUGUCUCACACACACACACACACACACAGUGUACUUCCAUCAUCCUAUCCAUCAGUCCUCUGUCCCCUGUCCUUGGGGCGCUCAGAGAACAAAGUCAGGCAUGCUACAAAGAGCUGGAAUGGCAAAUUGUUCAGUUCUUAAAAGCCAGGUCAACAGAAAUGCACACUCAACAAACAUUGACGGGAACCGGGACUAACAUUAUGAUUCUCUAUUAAAUUUCGACUCCUAGUUUUGAUGCCCACACAUUUGGAAGUGAGUGAAUAUUCAGUUUUUUGUGUGCGUUAUUGUGUGUAGCUGCUCUAUAGGAGCCCACAACUCAAUACAAAGGGUCGAAAACUGAGCAUAACAGGUCCCCUUUAAGUCAAACAAUAAAUGACAACUGUCUCAUGCCAAUGUAACCAAGGGUUUUCAGGGUGCCCGUCGAUGCGGAAGUUCUGUGCAAAUAAAAGCACGGAAGCUAAGGCUCUCUCUAAAAAGGUAUGUUUAUUCAUCUGCACAGUUGCGGUAGCCUUGUUUAGUCAUAACAAAAUACCUUACAGUAAUAUUGAGGCAGCAAGGAAAGUAUACUAAUGCUAAAUGCCUUUGUACUUUGCAUAGACAACUAGUCCGGAAUCGCUCAAACUCUGCCCAAUCCUACUCAACACCAGCUGUAAAGGACCAAACAAAGACACGCCUUGAUGCUUACCUGACCACCUGCAAAAAUAACAGGUGAGCCUGAGGGUUUGGGUCGAUACGGGAUGGUCACUCCCUUUGGAGGAGACUGAGGAGAACACAAAACAACAGUGAACUUCCGAGGCUCUCUCUAAAAGCAGUGUUCGAUUUGACUUUUUAUACCUCAAGCAUGACAACACAUAUCUGCUUGACACACUCAAUGAUGGACUGCGGGGUCCCUGCAACAGUGAUAGCACGCUCUGUUGAGUUGGGCAACAUGUCCCCUGCUACUUGUACCUGAGCUCCUGCAGACUGCGAACACACAAAAAAACACACUUAACAUACAGGAUAUCUUAUUAAUAAUAACAACAUGUGGCAGUCUACAGAAUAUAUAAUGUUGCUAUGCAGAUGGCAAACCAUCCAUAGCAAGUAUAUACAUUACGAGUAGAGAAGAAAAAGGGACACAAAAAUAGUAUGUGUCACAAUUCAUCACCGAUCACUUGCAAAGCAAAUCAUUUGAAUAUGAACACAAGAGUUAUUUGCCUCCGAUGCAAAGCGUUUGCCGACAGCGCUGUGAUUAGCAGGAAGACGCUCUCUCCCAAUAGACUAUCAAGACGUACCUCUCUAAUUUCCUUGAUCUUGCAUCCCCCUUUGCCGAUGAGCGAGCCGCACUGGCUGGCAGGCACGACAAGGCGCAUGGUGACAGGCGGUUUGCUGGUGGCUGUACUAUUAGUCAUUGAGGUACUGAUGUCCUAAGAUAGAGACGGAGAGACAAUUGUUUAUUUUUUAAAAUCCUCCUGCGAAACUACUAGCGUGCAAAUUUAACCUCUUCUAGUUUCUCAAUGAUCAUGGAAAAAGCCUUGAAAAUAGACGUGGUCGGUCCUGCAAGGGUUAUAAUCCUCUCUGGACAGUUCCCCUCGGAGAUGUUGAUGCGAGCGCCACUCUGCAAGCACAAACAAUAUGGAAACUGAUGCAGCAGAAAUCAGAUGAUGCAUGACUCAGAGCCACGCUGAUAGACGCUGUCACUCACCUCCUCUCUC